GAGUACAAUGAAAGUUGAACAACAAAUGAUGUCGGAUACGGUUAAUCAGAAGUUAUUUUAUAAUACCGUAUUGUCACAAACGUUCUCUUUUGACGGAAAUAAUUUAUUAGCUGGAAAUAUUUAUGGAGAUGUUGCAGUUUUUGAGUUGUCAAAAACUUUGGGACCACACAAAGUGGAAGAAAAUGAAUUACAAGGUCCCAAUUAUCGUUUCACCGCUCAUUCCAAUCAACAGGUAGAAAGUAUGGUAUCAACAGACAAUUUUUUAAUAACGGGUACAUCAGGAGAAAUAUGUGGAUGGGAUUGGAAAACAGUUACUUCAAGUAAAGCUCCAAAAAGUAAAGUUUCAUGGACCAUACACCUUCCAGUUAAUAAGGACAGCUAUGAAAAACCAGAUGUAAAUUAUUUAGUAUAUUCCAAAUCGAACAACCUUCUAUAUGCUGGUUGUGGUGAUAACAAUAUUUAUGUAAUUACUCUAGAAGAUGGUAGAAUAUUAAGAAGUUUAGAAGGACACACAGACUAUAUUCAUUGCUUAUCUUUAAUGGGUCAUCAAUUAGCUUCAUGCAGCGAAGAUGGAACAGUGAGGUUAUGGGAUUUACGAAAAAGAGAAAACACUAAUAUAUUAACCCCUCAUUUAGUAGACAAAGUUGCCAGACCAGGAUUAGGUAAAUGGAUUGGUGCCAUAGAUUUUACAGAGGAUUGGCUGUUAUGUGGAGGUGGUCCAAGUUUAUCUUUAUGGCAUAUGCGUACUAUGGAAGCAGCCACUGUAUUCGAGCUUCCGGAUGAAGGUAUCCAUGUAGCAAAUAUCUAUGAAGAGCGAGUAAUAGCUGCUGGUACAGCACCUCACGUUUAUCACCUAACUUACCAAGGAGAAAUGUUAGCAAAAGUGCCAACUUCUAGCAAUACUGUGUACAGUAUUAUUUAUCAAGAAACACCACAAAAAGUAUUUAGCAUAGCUGGUUCAUCGAAUAACCUUGAUAUUUGUACAAAUUUUAAUUAUCGCGAAUUAAUGUUAAAGUUUGCGUGA